CAUAUUAAAUAAAAUUUUUAUAAAUUAAAAUUAAUAUUCGAUUAAAUUUCCAAGUCAUGUUUCUUUAAAGAAUCCCUUGACAUUUGUUGUAUAUUUGUUUUUAAAUGUGUAAAUGUAAUGUGUGCAAGAAAAAAAAUCAUCUGUUAUAAAAUUAACUAGUAAUUAGGCAUUUUAUAUUAAUUUGUCCUUCAAAAUUAUUUAGUCAAAUCAUAGGACUACAGGACAAUGGUAUAACUACCGCAGGGCCAACAGAAGCAGUUACUUCAAAGUGUAAACAUUUUUUUGUGGGUUCAUUUUAAUCAACAAAAGAUAUAAGUUAAAUGAAUCAGAUCAAGAAUAAAGUACUAAAUUCAAACACACUUGCACACUGCUUUCGAACUUGUAAAUAGUUCUUUAAAGUAAGUAUUAUUUAAACCAUGUAAAUGGCUGAACGACUAGAACUCCGAAAUCUAGUAAUCGAGUCGGAUACACCAUCGACAACUUCGCCAAUAACGCCAAAUGUCACGUCUUCCCCUAAAACGCAAAUAAAAGUUCUCGGUUUAUUGUUGGCUGCCAUAUCAUCUUUAUUUUUCUCUCUGAGUUCGUUAAUAGUCAAAUGGCUCAAAGACAUCGACCCAUUUGAAUUGGCCGCUAUUCGUUUUGUCGGAAUACUACUUCCUUCACUACCCAUAUUGAUCUACACCAAACAGAAUCCAUUUCCCAAAGGACAACGGUUUAUGUUACUACUUCGUGGGAUUGCUGGGGCCACUGCUAUGUCUUUAAUUUUCUACGCCAUCAGACACAUGCCCUUAGCUGAUGCUUCGGUUAUUGUGUUCAGUGUGCCUGUUAUCGUUGCAAUAUUUGCAAGAAUAUUUCUCAAGGAACCAUGUGGACUGUUUCACUACAUAACGUUAUUCAUAACAAUGAUUGGAGUCUUAUUGAUCACAAGACCUCCUUUCUUGUUUGGGCAUUCGACCAAACAAUACAAUUUUUUAGGUCCGUUAGCUGCUUUGAUGUCGACAUUUUUCGCAGCGAUUGUUUAUAUAUUACUAAGAGCUUUGAAGAACUUACAUUUCAGUGUUAUAAUGGUGACAUUUUCUGCUUAUGCCAUCAUUCAAACGUCUAUCAUGGCUUGGGCUACAGGAAACCUAUGUUGGCCAAAAUGCGGUACUGAGACAAUUUUAGUAAUUGCUCUGGGUGUGUUCAGUUUCUCUGGACAAAUAUUAUUAACUAUUGCAACCCAACUUGAGGAAGCUGGAUUGGUAGCGAUUGCAAGGACUGUUGAUGUGGUGUUUGCUUUCUUGUGGCAGAUUAUAUUUUUCAACGAGGUACCUAAUAUUUUCAGUAUUAUAGGUGCAGUGUUGGUGACUUCAUCAGUUGUAAUGAUUGGCCUUAGAAAGUGGAUGAUGUCUAUGCCAUCUACAUCUAGCAUCAGAAAAAAAUUCGGAUUUCUAUUUUUAUGACAACCACAUUUUUUUUAUUUAUUGUUAAACUAUUGAUUUGCCUAGCACCAGUUUUAUAAUAAAUUUAAAUAAUUAAAUCACUCUAUGUUUAUCAAAUAUAUACGGUGAAACUUCUAUUUAUCAAAGUCUCAUGGGGAACAAAAAUAAUUGUAUUAUAGAGAAAUUUGUUAAAUAGAAUUAAUGCACAAUUAAUAAUGAAGGUCAUGGUUUUCAAAAAUAAUUUGUUAAAUGAAAGUUUAUUAUAAGGUAGUUUCACUGUACUAUGGAGUGUUAAAAUUUGGUGAAAAUCAAAUAAAUAUAAUUUAAUCAGCUCAAUUUUAGUUUAUAUGCUUAUUAGUAAUAAGUUAUUACUUUUUAGCUGUAAAUUUUAACAUAAACCAUAUUAAGACUUGAAUUUUAGGAACAACAGUUUGUGAUUGUUAAUUAUAUCAUAAGUUUUUAUUUUAAUAGUAGAUUAAAAUUUAACAAAUUAAAAGUUAUGUUUUUUUUUCAAUCACGAAAAAGUAUAAAAUAUUUCAUAUUUUAAAUUACAUUUUUUGUACUAUUUCGUUAAAUAUAAAAUCAUUUUUAUAAAAGUAUGUCAAAUAAUUUUUUGUAAUAAUUGAAGUAUACUUCUAGAAAUAACAAACCUUAAAUUAUUGUUAACUAACAAAUUAUUUAUUAAAAAAAAUUGUAUUUGUAUUAUUAUUAAGAUUGAUGAUCUACGUUAUAGUCUUUUUGUUGAAUGAUUUUCUGUAGACUGAUAUUUCUAUGUAAAAAAUCUCUAGUCAACAUGUUAUCAACUGAGUUAUUUUUACACAUUAAGUACUUGUAAAACAUAAUUUUAGGAUUAAGUUAAAAAAAUUUUUAAUUUUCAUAAUGAUUUUAUGGUUAAAAUACAUAUUUAAUUACAAAUUAAAUUUUACAGUUGUUAAUAAUAUUAUUAAACUAUUUAUUUUGUACUUACACUUCUUAAUAAUUUAUAUAAAUUAAAAAAUUGUUCCAAACACUUACUACUUACAAAUUAAUAUUUAUUGUAACAAAACUAAUAAAUUAUACAAGAUACUUAAUAUGAUUUCAAUGUUAAUAGUAUAAGUGAAAUUUCAUCAUUAUAAUAAUGUUAAUUUUAACUAGCUUGAAUUAUUUGUUUUGUUUGUUUGUUAAUUGUUAUUUAAAAAGUUUGUAUUAACACUAUUAACUAGCACCUAUGGAAAAAUGCAAGAGUAUAAUGUUAUUUUACGUUCUGAACCGAACAAUUAAUGUUCAUAUUGAUUUUACAAUGACGUAUGUUUAUUAUAAUUUUUUUUUUUGUCAAAUGUAAAUACAACGAAUACUGAAUAGUUAAAAAAAAAUUCUUUAAUCUUUAACUUUUAGAAUGAUUUCUGGUAGAAAUU